AUGUCGAGCCAAGGUGGCAAAACAUCGAAGCGCCAGCAGCAAAAGGAGGAGAGACGGCAAUACCACCAGCGCGGUCGGGCAGAGAAGAAGUCUGCACAGGACGGCAUCAAGGACAACCUGCCUUUCGACCUCCCCAACCAGCCUCGUGUCCACCUGCUGAAGUCCCUGUACCUGUACGGGCCUAAGUCGGACAGGCUUAUCUUUUCAUCUCUAUACUGCCAUCAAGCGCAGCACCAUUACGAGUAG